CUCUCUGCGUUGCUGAAGAUAGAUCAAUCGAUCUGAUAUUAAAGUUCACACAUUAUUUCUUCGAUAGACAUAAUUAAUAUUUUAUAAUCACGAUCCGAUUAAUCACAUCCUUCCAAUUUCGAAGAUGUUGCGUAAUAAAAGGGGUGGAAAAAAGACGACGAGAAGAAUGGCGAAGAAGGUGCAACCGGCGGCAUUGCAGACAGAAGUUCUUAAUGACGAAGAAUGGGCGAAGGUAUUGGCACGGAAAGGUUUAGUAGUAGUGGACGUAUAUUCGGAUUGGAGUGGUCCUUGCACAGGCAUGGUGAGCGUCCUGAAAAAGAUAAAGAUGGAAAUUGGAGGCGAUGCUUUGAGUUAUGCUACUGCAAAUUGCGAUCGCGUCACCGAUUUAGAGAGAUUUCAAGGAAGGAGCGAACCCAUAUGGAUGUUUAUUCAUGAAGGACGAAUGAUUAAUUUAAUGUUUGGAGCGCAUUGUCCGGAAUUUGUGAAAAUGCUGACGACCGAGCUCGAAAGGGUUCAAAACGGCGGCGAACACGAAUUCUCAUUAGAAGUUUCUGAGAAGAGUCCAGAAGAAGUAACACGACUAAAAAUCCAGGAAGAGGCAAAAAUAGCCAAGGAAAUAGCGAGAAAAUCUCGAAAAGAAGCUGAAGCUAAAGCGAGAUAUGAAGCAGAGAUGCUGCAUCUGACCACUUCAUUGUGCAAUGAAACUUGUUUGCUGCUGUUUCCUUGGAUAUUCAAAGACGAAGAAGGACGUAGAAGAGACAAGAGAUCCAGCCCACCAUAUGUGGAAUUAGUUGAGGAAUUAUUACCAGAAAAUUACACUGUGGAACAAGAGAUACGCAAACGAUUGAAUGAGGAUUUGCUCCAGCAAAUGCUCGAUGAAUCUACAUAUAGCUUUUCGGAAGCUGCCAAACAAUUGCUCUUUGAUGGUAAAUGUAUGUUUAUGCGAUUAAAGAUUGUCGAAGGGAGAAAGAAUAUCGAAGUUCAUAAUUAUCUGUGCAGCAUUCUGUUCAAUGAACCAACAUUACCAGAAACAGACGAUUCUUUAAACGAAGAGUGUUUUGCUGGAAAACACUGCCCAGCUUUUGAAGUCCCUGACAAGGAAAAUAAAAAAUUUCCAUUUGUUUGGACACCUCCAAACCCCAGAAACAAGGCAAUCGUUUUUCGUACGAUAUUCAGUGUUUAUACUAACACAACAUAUCCGUAUGAAGAUAAACUGACAAAAGUACCAAUAACUUUUUUCAAAUAUGAUUAUACACGUAAAAAUGAUUUAAAAAUGGUGUUUGAGAUGUUCAGUGAUGAGGUCAUCAAUUUUGGUAUAUUCGAAUAUGAUAAACCACCUGAAGCUAAGAUAAUCGCAAGAAGUAUAGAGGCAUUCGAGAUGAGCCCAGAGGAAAAAACAGGUUACGAAAUAUUCGUCUGCACAGUGAAGAAAGUAGGUUGCGAAGCAUUUCUGGGCUUUGCUGGAAUUGGACCUUUUCAUGUGAGCGAAAAUCCGGAGAAGGCUAUCGAAGAGUCCAAAUUAUAUUUCCCAGAUGUUACUGCCGUAGAUGAAACGCAAUCGGAUGACGAAAAACCCGAGGAACUGGAAGAGAAUCAAGAUGAUGCAAUGGCAACAUAAUUGUUUUGUGGUAUAAUAUAUUUAUA